CAUUAAGAACAAGUAACAUUACUCGUUUACGCUGUUCCCUGUAGUCAGUAGCACCUGACUUUCGAUACUCUCUUCCACCUUUCUAUAUGAUCACAUCCUUUUACGUCCCCUGUACUUUUUCGCGGAUUGCUAUCCUACAUUAUAAGAAAAGGAAUAUAUUUACUGACUUCAGUAUUUAUUCAAAGAAAAUACAAACAAGAAAAUAAUUAUUGACUUGUACUUCUUGAAAUAAGAACUUUUGAAAACUGAAGUGAAUAUGACGGGGAAACAAGGUUUUUGUUGGUGUUUUGGUGGCAGUCGACCUCCUGAGAUUACAAUUGAAUUUGGCCAUACACUCAAACCAAUGACACUGGAUAUACCAAUGCCAACUGAUGAAAAUGAAUUGAAUGAGAAAUUUGAAAAAUUAGUUGAAGAGUUAGAUUUAGACAAGCCUCAUCGAGAAGCCUUGUUUAAUCUACCCCCUGAGAAAAAGUGGCAGAUAUACUGCAGUAAAAAAUGGGAUGAAGAUAAUCCGAGUACAGCAACCUGGUCUGACUUUUAUAUAGAAAGUCUAAAGAAAUUAUCAACAGUAUGCAUUCAGUUCAAUGAUGAACAUGAAGCUUCUCGAAGUAAAUUGGUUGAAAACCUGAAAACUGCAUUGAGAACCCAGCCAAUGAGCUUUGUGGUUCGCUUCAUUGAACUAAAUGGACUUCAGAUUAUUCUGGAUUUCCUAAGCAAUAUGGAUUAUGAGACAACACAAAGUUCAGUACAUACAUCAAUGAUUGGGUGUAUUAAAGCUCUCAUGAAUAACUCACAAAGCAGAGCACAUGUAUUGGCCCAUCCAAACAGUAUCAACAUAAUUGCUCAAAGCCUCAGUUCAGAAAACAUUAAAACAAAAAUAGCUGCUUUAGAAAUCCUUGGAGCCAUGUGUUUGGUACCUGGUGGACACCGUAAAGUUUUGGAAUCAAUGUUACAUUAUCAGAAGUAUGCUUGUGAAAGAGCACGAUUCCAAACUAUAAUCUAUGACUUGGAUCGAAGUACCGGUGUAUACAAGGAAGAGGUUGGAUUGAAAACUGCCAUCAUGUCAUUUAUAAAUGCUAUAUUGAAUUAUGGUGCUGGACAGACUCAACUUGAAUUCCGACUUCAUCUUCGAUAUGAAUUCUUGAUGCUUGGUAUUCAACCCAUUAUUGAUAAACUUCGCUCUCAUGAAAAUGCAGUCCUUGACAGACAUCUUGAUUUCUUUGAGAUGGUCAGAAAUGAAGACGAACGUGAACUUGGGAAAAAAUUUGAAUCGGUUCACAUUGAUACAAGAAGUGCAACAAGUAUGUUUGAGCUGCUGCGAAAGAAAUUAGCAUUAUCAUUAGCCUAUUCAAGUUUGAUGUCUAUUUUACAGCACAUGUUACUUAUGCCAUACAAUAACUCUAGUAAAUGUGCUAGCCAGUGGUUAAUUAUAGACAGAAUUGUUCAACAAAUGGUGCUGCAGGAAAAGAAUGGUAAAGAUCCUGAUCUAGCUCCAGUAGAGAUCAACUUUACUCAUAUAAUUCGACAGAUUGCCUGUGAAAAUGACAUAAAAUCCUUUCAACAGAAAAUGCGAGAAAUUGAGAAAGCAAAUGAUGAUUUGAAUUUAAAAAUGCAAAAGAAAGAACGUGAAUGUGAAGCAAAGACACAAGAAAAGGAGGAACUAAUAUCAACAGUGAACAAAAUGAAGACUAAACUUGAGAAAGAAAUUGCAAACCAUCAGGAAACAAAACAAAAUAUUUCAGAUAUGAGUUCCUUAAUCCAUGAACUACAGGCUCAGUUGGAGAAUGAAUGUGCCGAAAAGAAGAAAUUGCAAUAUAUGGUCUCAACAGGAAGCUUACCUGAUGAUGCAAAAAUGGACUUUUCAUCUGCUUCAUUAGGCUUCAAAUCAAACAGCAAUCUUAUCACAAAUCGUACCAUUCCUCUAUCUUUGCCUCAAAAUCUUUCCAAGAAUCAUCUAAACGCUCAAAAUGGAGCAUCUUUACCACCACCUCCACCACCACCCCCACCUCCAGUGGGAGGUCCACCACCUCCACCACCAAUGGCCUCAAAGAGAAAUCCUUCAGUUGAAAGCUCUACAACCACCACUCGGAAAAAAAAUACUCCAGCUUCUUCUCAGCCAUUGAAGUCUUUCAACUGGUCUAAACUACCUGAUACCAAAUUGAAUGGCUCCAUUUGGACCAAUAUCGAUGAAGCAAAGGUAAGACUGUUAUUUAUAAAGUUUUUCAGAUUUUCAUUAUUUCACUGA